CUCCGAGAGCAGCUGCGACUCCGCGGAGAGCUAGAGUGACAGAGCCACAAGUGUCGGCCGACCCGUGGAGCGGAAGUGACGCCACUUCCUCAGUCUGAGGGCGGGGCCUCGGAUCUCCUUGUUGAUAUCUACCUGUGGACCGCAUGGAAGCAAAGACUCCUGGAAUUGCAACACCCAGGAAACCUGUCUUAUCUGUCAGUGCAAGGAAAAUUAAGGACAAUGCAGCUGAUUGGCAUAACUUAAUCCUGAAGUGGGAAAGCCUCAAUGACGCCGGUUUUACCACCGCGAGCAAUAUUGCCAACUUGAAAGUCAGCUUAUUGUUCGGCUUCGCAUGCACCUCCCAUCCAGCACCACCACGAUGCCCAAGAGGAAGGAGUAAAGAGAAGGUUGGAUUAGAGAGCAGCAGCCCAGCUUCCAGUGAAAAGGGAGAGAAGAGGAAUCUGGACUAUGACAAGGAACUUGAAGCGCUAUGUGAGGAGCUGCAGGUCACCUUGGAUGGCUUGACUAAAAUACAAAUGAAAAUGGAAAAGCUGUCUUCAACCACCAAGGGAAUUUGUGAACUAGAAAAUUACCAUUACAAGGAAGAAAGUAACCGGCCCCUUCUGUUUCACACAUGGCCCACGACCUUCUUUUAUGAGGUCUCCCACCGGCUCUCCAGUGCAUACAAGAAGGAGCUCCUCCUGAAGCACACCAUUGGUGCUGAGCUGGCCCACACUGCUGACCGCGACCUCAUCCUGACCUACCUGUCCAUGUGGCUCCACCAGCCGUACAUAGAGAGCGACAGCAAGCUGCAGCUGGAGAGCAUGCUCCUGGAAACAGGGCAUCGGGCCCUGUGACUCACCUGUCACGUUACCUGUGACCACAGCCUCAGGGCUCAGACCACUGGCUGGACAGUCACUAGGGUAGGCACUGUGGGCCCGAGGGCCAGCCACUGCAGCCUCUCCAGACACAAAAGCACUUAUGCAGCUGCCCUCCCCUUCUGCCCUGUCCCAGAUCAUCAUGUGACCACCACGGAGUGAAAUAAAUAAGAAGAGUGGCUGAGGGCCUCAUUUUGUAAACUGAGUAUACUUACAUAUUACACCUCUAUAGAAAACCCGAGUUUCUGAUUUUUACUUUGUGCCUAUUUCACCUUUUUUGUUUGGUUGGGUUUUGUUUUGUUU